GUUGAGAGAGAGAGAGUGAGUCUAUUUUAUAAACAUUUUUACCGAAGUGAACAUAACGUGAGUCUUACUGUGUUAUUGUGUGGCUGUUGUUGGUAAGGACAACACUCGGUUAAAUUGGGUAAUUAAUAUCAAUAUGAGUGAAUACGAUGUUGAUGGAUAUAUUGAACAAGAAGAUGAUACCCGUGAUGGUCUUCUUGACCCGGCUUGGGAGAAACAACAGCGAAAGACCUUCACAGCCUGGUGUAAUUCACACCUACGAAAAGCUGGAACCCAGAUAGAAAAUAUCGAAGAAGACUUUCGAAAUGGCCUUAAACUUAUGUUACUUUUGGAAGUUAUUUCCGGCGAAAGUUUACCCAAACCUGAUCGGGGUAAAAUGAGAUUCCAUAAAAUUGCCAAUGUCAACAAAGCUUUAGACUUCAUUGCCAGUAAAGGAGUUCGUUUGGUUUCCAUUGGUGCUGAGGAGAUUGUUGACGGUAAUGUGAAGAUGACUCUUGGUCUUAUCUGGACAAUCAUUUUGAGGUUUGCCAUCCAAGACAUCUCCGUUGAAGAGAUGACUGCUAAAGAAGGACUUCUCCUCUGGUGUCAACGUAAAACAGCUCCUUAUAAGAACGUUAAUGUUCAAAACUUCCAUAUGAGCUGGAAGGAUGGUCUUGCUUUCUGUGCCUUAAUUCACAGGCACCGUCCCGAUCUCCUUGAUUAUUCAAGUCUGUCCAAAGAUCACCCUCUAGAGAACCUGAAUUUGGCUUUCGAUAUUGCCGAGAAACAUCUUAACAUACCUAAAAUGUUGGACGCCGAAGACAUGGUUAACACGGUUAAACCUGACGAGAGAGCCGUUAUGACCUAUGUUUCCUGCUAUUAUCAUGCCUUUCAAGGUGCUCAACAGGCUGAGACUGCAGCUAACAGGAUAUGCAAAGUUCUCAAAGUUAACCAGGAAAAUGAACGCCUCAUGGAAGAGUAUGAAAGACUUGCUUCCGAUCUUUUGGAAUGGAUUCGACGAACCACUCCUUGGCUGGAGAAUCGUACAACUGACAAUACACUGCCCGGAGUCCAAAAGAAAUUGGAAGAGUUUCGCCAAUAUCGACGAGCUCACAAGCCUCCCCGAGUUGAACAAAAAGCUCGUCUGGAAACUAAUUUCAACACUUUACAAACUAAACUUCGCUUAAGUAAUAGACCAGCCUAUUUGCCUACUGAAGGUAAAACUGUGGCAGACAUUGCCAAUGCUUGGAAGGGUCUUGAAGCUGCGGAACGAGGGUUCGAGGAAUGGCUUCUUUCAGAGAUGAUGCGCCUUGAACGUUUGGACCAUUUGGCUCAGAAAUUUAAGCACAAGGCUGACAUUCAUGAAGAAUGGACCCGAGGUAAAGAACAAAUGUUACAAAGCCAAGAUUUCCGUCAUUGCCGAUUGAAUGAGGUGAAAGCAUUGAAAAAGAAACAUGAAGCCUUUGAAAGUGAUUUGGCUGCCCAUCAAGAUAGGGUUGAACAAAUUGCUGCCAUUGCUUCAGAAUUAAACACUUUAGGUUAUCAUGGCUCUGUUCAAGUCAAUGAGAGAUGCCAACGGAUCUGUAAUCAAUGGGAUCAACUAGGAACCCUGACGCAAACACGGCGCAUUGCCCUAGAAGAAGCUGAAUCAGUUUUGGAAAAAAUUGAUACACUUCACCUUGAAUUUGCCAAGAGAGCUGCACCAUUCAACAAUUGGUUGGAUGGAGCUCGUGAAGAUUUGGUUGAUAUGUUUAUAGUUCACACUAUUGAAGAAAUUCAAGGACUGAUUGAAGCUCAUGAACAGUUCAAAAUGACCCUUGGCGAAGCUGAUAAGGAACACAAGUCAAUCAUCGCUUUAUCACAAGAAGUUUCAUCUAUUGCCACUAAAUAUCAGGUUCCCGGUGGUAUCGAGAAUCCAUAUACUAGUCUUACCCCUGAUGAAAUAUCCAACAAAUGGGCUGAUGUGAAACAAUUAGUGCCAAAACGAGAUCAAGUUUUAUCUACUGAAUCAAUGAGGCAGCAAAGAAAUGAAGCUUUGAGACGAAAAUUCGGUGAAAGAGCAAAUGUUGUUGGCCCAUGGAUAGAAAGACAAAUGGAUGCCGUUGCUGCCGUUGGAAUGGGUAUCCAAGGAACAUUGGAAGAUCAAAAGAACAAACUUCUCCAGUACGAGCAAGCCGUUAAUCAAUAUCGACCCAACAUGGAUGAACUGGAAAAGAUACAUCAAGAAGUUCAAGAAUCAAUGAUCUUUGAGAACCGUUACACACAAUUCACCAUGGAGACACUUCGAGUUGGCUGGGAACAGUUAUUGACAUCAAUAAGGCGCAACAUUAACGAAGUAGAAAAUCAAAUAUUGACUCGAGAUUCAAAAGGUAUCACACAGGAGCAGCUCAAUGAGUUUAGAAUGUCAUUUAAUCAUUUUGACAAGACGAGAAGCGGACGACUCAAUCCAGAUGAAUUUAAAUCCUGCCUUGUCAGCCUUGGUUACAAUAUACGAAGUGAUAGACAAGGUGAUGCUGAUUUCAGAAGAAUCAUGCUCAUCGUUGAUCCAAACAACACUGGAUAUGUUACUUUUGACACCUUCCUUGAUUUUAUGACCAGAGAAGCUACCGAUACCGACACUGCUGAACAAAUUAUCGAUUCAUUCAGAAUUUUAGCUGGAGACAAGUCUUAUAUCACGGCUGAUGAGCUUAGACGUGAAUUACCACCAGAUCAAGCUGAAUAUUGUAUCAAGAGAAUGGCACCUUAUCGUGGAACCGGAGCAGUGCCCGGAGCAUUGGAUUACAUGUCAUUCUCAACUGCACUUUAUGGCGAAAGUGAUCUCUAAACUUUCUCUCUUCCUCAUCUUCUCUCUCUUUCUCCUCUCUUCUUCCCACCCUCUCUCUCUCUCUCUUUAAAUCAAAUCAUUCUUUAUGUCUAUUUCGUUUGUCUCUAUCUUUUUUGUUCUCUUUCUCUCUCUCUGUCUCUUACCCUCUCUUUCACUCUACCACCUCUACGAGCAUGAUGAUGUUUGAUAUACUGUAUCAAACAUUGAACUAUUUCGAAAAAGUCUAAUUAAUAAAGAAAUACAAUUUACCUGAUUA